CGCGAAUAUCCACACGUGAUUUAAAGCGCAUUUGUUUGGCGGGAAGAGUGUGAUCAGUGGACAAAGCUGUAUAUCGCAAAAGGAACCCAGUCUUAUCGUAGCUGUGAACCAUGUCAUCGCCGACAACUCCUCGCAGCACGCGCAGUAAGCGUGGUCGUGACUCCGAGGCAAGCAGUCCAGCCUCCAGCAAAUCUGCAACUCCCUCUAGGAGGAGCGCCAGAGGAACUGGCAGCAAUCCAACUACACCCUCUCGUCGAAGUACACGAGGCACCCCUGCUAAAGAGGAUGUCGUCAGUUCUCCGCCCUCUCAGCGGCGCAGAAUGGACACUUCACCACUGGCACAGAUGCCCACCUCACCACCUACAGGGGCACCCAAAGAUUUGGACACUUCUCUGUUCUCAAGUCCAGGUGCUUCUAAUAAAGGAGCAACAGGAACCAGUGACAUUGACUUGAGUUCUCCCCUCAAUUAUGGAACCCCCAGCUCAAGGGGCACACCCAGAACCCCAGGGGGUGGAGGGACCCCCAUCAGACCCCGCUCUGACAUCAGAAGUGACAGAAAGCUUCGAACAGUGCCUGUUGGAUCUGAUAAUUUGGAUGCAUCAAAAGCCACUAGUGAGGUGUCAUCUGAGGUGAACGCGGGUCCACAACUGGUCAUCUGGGGGACAGACGUGGUGGUCAGCCACUGCAAGGAGAAGUUCGCGCAGUUUGUGCAGAGAUUUAUCGACCACGAGGUGGCUGAAGAUGAAAGGAUGGAAGGGAUGGACAUCGAGGAGCCGUAUUAUCUGCAGAAACUGGAGGAGAUUUCCCUGAUUGGAGAACCAUACCUGAACUUCAACUGCGAGCACCUGCGCCAGUUUGACCCUGACCUUUACCGCCAGCUGGUCUGCUACCCCCAGGAGGUCAUCCCGACUUUUGACAUGGCCGUCAACGAGCUGUUCUUCAGUCGCCACCAAGAUGUUCAGUUGCCUCAUCAGAUCCAAGUGAGACCAUACAACUGUGAGAGGACUAAGAAUAUGAGGUCUCUAAAUCCAGAAGAUAUUGACCAACUGAUCACCAUCAGUGGAAUGGUCAUCAGGACCUCCACCCUCAUGCCAGAAAUGCGUGAGGCCUUUUUCAAGUGCUAUGUCUGCCAGAACACGGUUACCGUGGAGAUAGACCGAGGACGCAUUGCCGAGCCCACUCUGUGCCAGAACUGUAACACAAACCACUCCUUCGGUCUGGUCCACAACAGGUCUCAAUUCACUGAUAAACAGCAGGUCAAACUGCAGGAGUCACCAGAGGACAUGCCCCCUGGCCAGACCCCCCACACGGUCAGUGUCUACGCCCACAGUGACCUGGUGGACAAGGUGUCACCGGGAGACAGGAUUACCAUUACUGGGAUCUACAGGGCCACCCCCCUCAGAGCCAACCCCCGGCAGAGCAACGUGAAGUCUGUCUACAGAACACACAUCGAUGUCGUCCACUACCGCAAGAUGGACGUCCACAGACUGAGACAAGAAUCCAAUGAGGAAGAAGAGAAUGUUGUUCGUUACACUGAAGAGAGAGUGAAGGAGUUGCAAGAGUUGUCCAAGAAACCAGACAUCUAUGAACGACUGGCACAUGCCAUCGCACCAAGUAUUUAUGAAAAUGAAGACAUCAAGAAAGGCAUACUUCUGCAGCUGUUUGGAGGAACAAGGAAAGACUUCACAAAUUCUGGCCGAGGAAAGUUCAGGUCGGAGCUGAAUGUCCUGCUGUGUGGAGACCCAGGAACCAGUAAGUCCCAACUCCUCCAAUAUGUCCACAACCUGGUUCCGCGGGGCACCUACACCUCUGGCAAGGGGUCCAGUGCCGUGGGGCUCACAGCUUACAUCACCAAGGACCCAGAGACCAACCAGCUAGUACUACAGACUGGAGCACUUGUUCUUAGUGACAAUGGUGUUUGUUGUAUUGAUGAGUUUGACAAAAUGAACGAUAGCACAAGAUCUGUUCUGCAUGAAGUCAUGGAACAGCAGACGCUCUCCAUAGCGAAAGCAGGCAUCAUAUGUUCUCUGAAUGCUCGAACUUCUGUCCUGGCGGCAGCCAAUCCCGUGGAAUCCCAGUGGAACAAGAAUAAGACCAUCAUAGAGAACAUCAUGCUGCCACAUACACUGCUGUCUAGGUUUGACCUUAUUUUUCUCAUCCUUGACCCCCAGGACGAAUUGUUUGACCGUCGCCUCGCCAACCACUUGGUGUCUCUGUACUAUCAGUCUGCUGAACAACAGGAAGAGGAGUUCAUUCAAAUGAGUCUCCUGCGUGACUACCUCUCCUAUGCCAAGCAGUACAUUCAUCCUACCAUCAGCGAGGACGCUGGACAAGCCUUCAUCCAGGCAUACGUGGACAUGCGCAAAAUAGGUAGCGGACGCGGCCAGGUA